CUAUAGUAACGCCAGAGCACAAGCGAUAAAGGUGGCAAACGCCUAAACAAAACGCACACAUCUUGGCUGUUCAAUGACAACCAGAAUUGAAUAUCUUGCCAGACCUAAACCGAACUUUCUCAGACUCCCUGACAGGGAGUCUCCUGAAUGGAAGGUGAGUGCAGCAGCAUUAAAGGCUUGCCCCUCUGAAAGAUUGUGCUUUCUCGCCGAACCCCGCCAGGUUGCACCUGGCUGGCAGCCUGAUCGCCCCCUAUCGCCCACACUCGGGAUGGGAAUGAGAAGAAUAGCCGAAGCGAGUCCACGGAUUUGCCAGUUGGCUGUUCCGAAAAAAAUAUGGGCGCCAUCAUAUGAAAAAACAAAUUUCACUUUAAAAAAUCCUUCAAAAGCUGAGCCUUCUUCUCGUAUACUUCUUCUGGCUGUUCCUAAAAAGGAACAUCAGGACUUUGUUCCAAACCGACCAUUGUCAUGGCACGUGGCGAAGUCCGUCUUAGUGGCUGUAGCCAGUGAGAGACUGCUGGAGUUGGCCGUACCGAAGUCCCGCAAGCCUCUUUUCGAUGAAUGCAACCCCUAUAAAGUUAGCCCAGCUGCCCUUUCUGCUACUGCAUCACCAAGAAUAUUGGAACUGUCACUACCUUCGCCACGCUGGUGCAGGACCAAAUCAGCCCACAUGUGAAUAUCUUCACAGUAGCUGUAAUAGUCCAUGUUAGUACUCACUGUCAUAUUGAUCAGUGUCUAAGCAAAGUUGGAGGAGCAAUAAAAGUAUGAAAUGAAA